UUUGGCACCGGGAAGGAAGGGACCGUGGGCUUGAAGCAGGCUUCCAAGCUGGGCCAACGAUCUGCACACCGAUCCAGGAUGUGACGGCACAAUCAGACGUGGCGCGGCUUGGGCGAGGCCUGGGAGCCCCCCAGAAGUAUCCAGCCCCCUCCCCAUUCUCCAUCUAGGACGGUUGACCUCCUUUCUCGUUACAUCAAAUAUGACUAUGUGCGUCGUAGAAGAAGCAGCCCAAAGGAACAGCAAGAUGUCAGACUAGCGCUCCCUCGCCUCGUCAGGGCCGGCCGGGGAAACCAUGCAGUCCUCGGGGCACAGGUUCCGCGAGGUCGAGCACCACCCGCUCCUGGCCGAAAAUGACGGCUACGACUCCUCCUCCUCGGCGUCCGAGUCCGACAUGGCCGACCGGGUCUGGUUCAUCCGCGACGGCUGCGGGAUGGUGUGCGCGGUGAUGACCUGGCUCCUGGUGGUCUACGCGGACUUCGUGGUGACCUUCGUCAUGCUGCUGCCUUCCAAAGACUUUUGGUACUCCCUGGUCAACGGGGUGCUCUUCAACUGCCUGGCCGUCCUGGCGCUCUCCUCCCACCUGCGGACCAUGCUGACCGACCCCGGGGCUGUUCCCAAAGGAAACGCCACGAAAGAGUACAUGGAGAGCUUGCAGCUGAAGCCGGGCGAGGUGAUCUACAAGUGUCCCAAGUGCUGCAGCAUCAAGCCAGAGCGGGCCCAUCAUUGCAGUAUCUGCAAGCGAUGUAUUCGGAAGAUGGACCAUCACUGCCCGUGGGUUAACAACUGUGUGGGGGAAAGGAACCAGAGGUUUUUUGUGCUUUUUACGAUGUACAUAGCUCUAAUUUCAGCUCACGCUCUUGUCUUGUGCGGGUUUCAGUUCUUUUCCUGUGUUCGAGGACAGUGGAUUGAAUGCAGCGACUUUUCCCCUCCUGUGACGGUCAUCCUGCUGAUCUUCUUGUGCCUUGAGGGUUUCCUGUUCCUUACAUUCACUGCAGUAAUGUUUGGCACCCAAAUCCACUCCAUAUGCAACGAUGAAACGGAGAUCGAAAGACUGAAAAGCGAGAAGCCCACCUGGGAGCGCCGGCUGCGCUGGGAAGGCAUGAAAUCCGUCUUCGGGGGCCAGCCUUCCCUGCUGUGGAUCAACCCCUUUUCCGGAUUCCGGAUCCGGCGGCUGAUGCUCAGAGCCAAGAAAGGGGGUCCCGAGUUUUCCGUCUGAACCUGCCCAACGUGCUGGAACUCAUGAAAACAAAACAAAACAAAACAAAAUAGUCUAUUGUAUUUAUUGAGCGCAAGGGGAAGGGAAACCCGCCCCGGGUGGAAACCUGUGACCGGUGAGGAUCGACACGUAUGGAAACGUUUUGCUUGUAGCAAGCAGAAUUUUAUACAUUUCUAAUCACAGGCAUCUCAUUAACUCUCGGAAGCGUUAGACGGGAUAUGGCCACGUACGGCUCUGCAGCAGGAACAACCAAGGAAUUUGGAUGGUCACACUGAAGAAGCCAAAAUAAUUGUCUUUACUACUGUAACUUAUUAUUUUUAGAGGACUAAUUACGCAUUUAUUAUUUUUUUUCGAACCCCUUUUUGUUUUAUAUGUGUGUACUUUUUAAUUUUUUUUUAAGAAUUGAUAUCUGUGGGUAUGUUUUUUUAAAAUUUUUAAUUAAUUUACUGUUUACUUUGGCAAAGUUUUAUCAGUCGCGGUGCAUAAAAAGCAUCCUUGCUGGAAAUCGCUAUCCGAAAUCAGCCCCUUCCCUUUGUUUUGAUUCAGUGCAUAACCCGAUCAUGUAACCUUUUCUCUAAGCCUGCCAUAGAUGGGGGUGAAAUGUCAGGAGAGAAUGCUUCUGGAACAUGACCAGAAAGCCUGGAACACUCACAGCAACCCAACCUUUAUUUAGUUUGUCCUAAGAGUCCGUUGAGAGAUAUAUUUGCAUCUCUUGUCCAAAACCCAUUGCCCAGAAUUGCCAUAGCUUCACUCGGCCUCUUUUCUUACAAUGGCUUGAUUAUAAAUUGUUAAUUAUGCGCUAAUCCGGUGGCACUGCUCUCGUUCGCCCCUGGAUAUUUGCACCACUUUUGCUGCUCAUAAGCCCUUAAAGAAAAGAUGGCUCUGGUGUUGCAUCCAGCCAUGUUGGGAUCCAAACGUGAAUGUCUCUCCCUGAUGCUUGCACCCAUUUCCCAUUGAUCACAAUGUCUGGUAACUUCCCAGGAUUGGUAUUUUUUAGCAUUGUGAAAGGGCAAAAUGCUUAGCUAUUGCUCACAAGAACAAGGAAAAUAGCCUGGUAUUAUUGGCACUGUCCCUUCUCAUUCUUCGCCAAAUCCAUCCCUGGAGUUUCUUCCAAACUUUCUCCGAAGUUGUAUUUGGGUCAGAAGAGGUUCCCCACCUUGGACCGCAGUUUUACGUUGUAAGGAGAGUCAUCUCUUGCCACUCGGGUGUCUUUGAGGCCUUCUUGUGGAUGACUCUGAAGCAGGCAUGGUCAAACGUGGGCCUUCAUGUGUUUUGGACUCCAACUCUACCUUUCCUAACGGCCUCAGGCCCUUUCCUGAGUGUUGCACCCCAAGGCAGCUUGAACACUGGAAACCAAACAGAGACCAAUAAUCAUAUAAUAUCUUUAUUAAAACAAUAAUAAAUUCAGGAAAUAAUAAGUGGAAAGGAUGAGUGAGCAAUAGUCCUUUAAGGAAUGGUAUGAAUUAAUCCAAAGCGUUGAAGAGAUAUGUCCAAUAUUAUUGUCCAAAGUCCAGAAACCGAAACACGCUCAAAACUGAUGAAAAGUUCUUGAGCGGGGAAACAACAAGAAAGCAGGAGUAAAUAUCAAAGUCACUAGAAAGUCUUGGAUUUCAAGGCAGGCAAAAGACGAAGCUAAAAACAAUCUGGAUUCAGGAACAAGGCAAGGAGGUGAAUUCACUCCGGAUUAAAACGGGAGUCGCGGCUCGGCUUGGCCGCCAGGAAGCAUGAGACUCGGCUUGAAAAUCUGGGAACUGGAAACGGUGAAGUCGCUAUGUUGACACCACAACCGGCUCACAGUGCAAGUCACUUUUAUAGAAGUUGGAUCUAAUAACAGCACAGGGAACCCAACUCCCCAAAGGUUCCCAAAACAAUCUACUAUCCAGUAUCCCCUCUAGACGCCAAACGUUGACUCCUGCAAAGCUGCUGUGUGUGGGAUCUUUGUUGCUGCAAAAACUCCCUUCUGUUAAAGGAUACAUUCCCUGGGGAGCUUGGAACAUCUGGUUCUUCCAUGGGAGUAAUGUUAUCAGUAUAUCUCCCAAUUAAGGAAGCCUCAGAGCUAUCCACAGCUGGGGUCUGUAAUUGGAAGGAACUCGGAGGAGAACUGGGUGAAAAGUCAGAGUAAGCUUCAUCCUGGUCAAAGUUCAUUUCUGAACCAGGUUCAGAAUCCAAAGGCGGCUGGGAUAUAACACUGAGGCUGUUAGGACUAUAAGGAGGAUGAAAGAAUCCCUCUUUCUCUCUCCUAUGUGACUCAGUGCGAGUAUCAGAGUCCUAAACACCCGCAGGAGCGAUUCUCACACUGAAUCACACAGGAGAGAGAAAGAGGGAUUCUUUCAUCCUCCGCUUAAGCGGCUGAGGAGGGAAAGGAAGGGGCCUGAGGUUGUUAGGAAUGGUGGGAGUCCAAAACUGUUAGUGUCUCAGUUUAUCCAUCUCACAUCCAUCAUCCACAUCAACAUUGGUUAUGGGCCCAGCCUCUGCGCAACUGCUCAAAUCUCUCCCAGGCCCCUUCUCAGCCUUCUUGGAGACUAAUCCAAUCCACCUGACUCACGGGGAACAGCUGCACUGUGACUCUUGGCACCCGAGUUUAAGCCAAUCUGCUUACCUACAUAGCAUCUCUGGAGCAGAUCCACGGCAGUCACAUCUCAGGCAGCAUCUCUGGAAGCACACCUGGCAGUAGCUGAUCAUCACCAAAUCAGCCUUAUCUCCACUGCUCAUCUCAACUUUCCCCUCCAUCUGGCAACUCGGCAUCUGUUUAGUAGCACGAACAAAUAAAACUGCAUAGCUGUCAGCCGGAUGGAGGGGAAAGUUGAGACAGAUGGCUGUUAAUGUCUCAAUUUAUCCACCUCACAUCCAUCAUGUACAUCACCAAAAACACCUGGAGAGAAGGCCCAAGUUUGUCCGUGCCUGUGUUAGAGACUGUCUUGCUUGACCUCUUGGAUGCACCAAGAGACGUUGGGUUCACCUCAACGGAGAUUCUUUGGAUAGUGUCCAAGGUGCCUCUUCCUGCCCUUUCCAUCAAAAUUGGUGGCAAAUUGCUUUGUAUACUCAGGAGCACCUCUUCCCUCUUUCAAACGUGUCAGUAAUGGGCUCACGGUGACAUUGUGUGACAUUCAAAUUGUUUUACCUCUAGUCUCCUUGGCAUUGCUGACAUCCACCCAGCUGAUCAUGGCUUCCUUAAUUUAUGGUGACCCACAAGACAUAAGAAGCGAUUCCUUUACGGGAACAGGAAAGCGCUGCAAUGUAGAAAUGUGUAUAAGAUGUAUUUUUCCCAGUCCUGUGAUGACAGCUGGUACGGUGCCAUAAUGACGACCAAAUCCGCUUCCGUGCCAGAGAAUAGUGUAAAAACUGCUUGUGGAGAGAGGCCGCUGCAUGGUUCCAAUGUGCCGCUAAAUCUGCAAGUAAUGAAAUCUCACCUAAUUAAUGAGGGUGGUCUGUAUGCUUUCAUAACACAACGAUCCCGAACCGGUUCUCUUCUGUCGUUCCUCCAAACCCUAGUUUUGAUCAAGGGGUGAUAAUCGUGCAAAUCUUGAGCAUGUGUGUCCUCAGCGGGUUUGUUCAAAGACAGCGACUACAACCCUGUGUUGAGACUUGCCUUAAACAUAUCAGGAUUUCUGUUUUGCUAUUGGUACCGUAUAUAUGCUUCGGAGUCAUCCAUUCCAAUGAUCUUAGGUUUAUCCUUUUCUGAAUAUCGCUGGGAGGCUGUGUCUUAGUCUCCAUUGGUUUUCCAAUUUCUUUCAGGCCCUUCCUUCCAACAAAGAGACACAUUACUCUUUGGUUUAGAGCAGUGGUUCCCAACCAGUGGUCCGCAGGAUCUAAAAUGUGAUCCACGGCUUCACCAUUGCCUCGGAAAGGGUUACGAAUCAGUUUUUGGUCAGCUUUAGAUUCGGUUUGUUUAGUUGAGAAAUUGCAUGGGAUAGACCACAUCAGCUCUAGAUGAUUAAAUAUGGUUUUCUGUGGACGAGCAGAUGGCGACUACAGGAUGGCAUAUGUUCUGUACCAAAAACUAGAGCUGAUGUGGUCUAUCCAUUGCAGUUUUCUAAAUCAGCACCACAAAGAACCAAACUGAAUCUAAAUUUGACCGAAAACUGAUUGGUAAUCUUUUGGUACUAAUGUUGGAGAGGUCCCUGGUCAAAGUGGCCCUGGGUCAAAAGGGAUUCAGUUUGGUUAUUUAGGGUGCUGAUUCAAAAAAUUUCACUGGAUAGACCACAUCAGCUCUAGAUUAUUAAGUACGGUUUUUCUGUGGAUGAGGAGAUGGUGACUACUGGAUGGCGUAUGUUUUGUAUCAGAAACCAGAGCUGAUGUGGUCUACCCAAUGCAGUUUUCUGAAUCGGCACCACAAAGAACCAAACUGAAUCUAAAUUUGACCGAAAACUUAUUUGUAAUCUUUUGGUAGUAAUGUUGGAGACUGGUCCCUGGUCAAGUGGUCCAGGGUCAAAAGGGAUUCAGUUUGAUUAUUUAGGGUGCUGAUUCAAAAAAUUUCACUGGAUAGACCACAUCAGCUCUAGAUUAUUAAAUAUGGUUUUCUGUGGGUGAGGAGAUGGUGACUACUGGAUGGCGUAUGUUUUUUUAUCAGAAACUAGAGCUGAUGUGGUCUAUCCCAUGCAGUUUUCUGAAUCAGCACCACAAAGAACCAAACUGAAUCUAAAUUUGACCGAAAACUGAUUUGUAACCCUUUUGAUACUAAUGUUGGAGAGUGGUCCCUGGUCAAAAAAAAGUUGGGAAUUACUGGUGUAGACCCAUAUCAUGCAGUCUCAACUGUAUUGAACUGGAUCUACACUGACUAUAUUUGAACUGCAUUAUGUGGAAUUUGCAUCUGUAGAAUUUGGAGACUUGGUGCAUCUACACUGUAGAUUCAUGCAGUUUGGCACCACUUUAACCACAGUGGCUCAAUGCUGUGGAAUCCUGGACAUUAGAGUUUGACAACUCAGCUUCCAUGAUGCCACAGCAUUGGUCAAGUGGUCAAAAAAAGGUUGGGAACCACUGGUUUUAGACGGUGGCUUGUCUCUUCUUCCGUUACAAAAAUAGCCAACCUUCUACUACGUGUCUUUGGGGUCAAAUCGCACCACGUUAAGCGGAAAUGCAUGCUAACUUGCCUUGAUAACAUCUUCACUUUUUUCGUUUUGCAAAGCGAAUCAAUCAAUCCGAGAAGUCCAUGUUUACCUCUGGAUGACAAAUCACAAACAACAAUGAGCUAAUUCGCAUCAUGCUGAGCGAGUCAAGAUUGAGUGAGGAAAAUCAGAUCUUGGUGGAUCUAUGUAGCUCAUUCUCAAUCAAGACAUGGGCCAACUUGGGCCCUCCAGGUGUUUUGGACUGCAACUCCCACAAUUCCUAGCAGCCUACCGGCUGCUAGGAAUUGUGGGAGUUGCAGUCCAAAACACCUGGAGGGCCCAAGUUGGCCCAUGGCUGAUCUAUGGCCUCGAUCUACACUUGGAACUCAGAAAGAAAACCCUUCUUAAUGCAGCUGAACUUGUGCGUGACUUAGAAAGUAUGUCUGCGUGUGUGUGGCGUGUAUGGAAAUGGCGUUUCUUGCUUUUCAAAUCCUCGUUCCGUUGUAAUUUUUUAAAAAUGUAAAAUAAAGUAACCCAUUGAAGUCUU